AUGUAUUUAUCAUGUGCUAGAGAACAACUAGUAAUGCACAGAUUAUUAUCAAGUUUUGCUAUAGCUGAUGAAAUACAGUUUUUUAAUGAUUUGAAAAAAACCUUUAAAGAGAAUAUACCUCAUAUUAACUUUUUUCAGGAAGGAGAACAUUAUUGUGAUUCUGAAUUUAUUAGAUGUAAUGAUGAAAAAAAAAUCACAACUAUUGAAAUAAUAAAUAUUCGUAAUAAAGAUAAGAGACUACCAUAUUCACCAACUAAUAUUAAUAAUGAUAUAACACUACCAUCUUCAAUAUCUACUCUGACACAUUUGACAGAAUUAAAUAUUAGUAUUGCUGUAGUUAGGAUAAAUUGGGAUAAUAUCGUUAAUUUACGUAGUUUAAGAACAAUAAAAAUUAUAUCGAAUAAUAUUUAUGAAUUUUUAAGAUUGGAUGGUCUAAGUUUGACCCAUCUACAUCUUUCUUAUAAUAAUAUAGAGCAGGAUCUGCAUAGUAUUUCGUUUAGUAAAACCUUAAAAUAUAUUAAUCUAUCAAAUAAUAAUUUCUGUGGUGAUAUUAAGAUAUUUAAUAAUAUUCCAGAUUUAGAGAAAUUAGAUCUCUCAUAUAACCCUUUGUUAUAUGUUAAUACGUCACAACUUCAUCUAAGCUUUAAAUUAUCUGUUUUAUCUCUUGUAGGUAAUAAAUUAAUUGGCAAUAUUCCAAACUUUAGAAAUAAUGGUGAAUUAACGUUAUU